UCGUACAUAUGCAACACGCAUUGUUGAAAAAAAAAUCAAAAUUUAAUUGUCUUGUAUUAGGCAAUCCGCCAUGGAUUAGGUAGUGCAAACAUGAUGAUUAGUGGUGUCCUAUUCAUCAUUUGACCCGACCCCACACAAAGCCAACUGGAAAGAAGCAGUAUCCACGUGGGAUCCUCCACAGUUGCAGCACCGUCACCAGUGUCAUCGUGGUCGUAUGAUUUGAAGCACAGCUUAGUGUUAGAGAAGGCUCGUGAUUUAUAAUGAAAACCCAUGUCUUCACUCUUUGCCAAAACACCAACCCUGUCCCUCGCAAAUGUCUCCAAUUAUUUAGACAGGUCCAAUCAGAUUAACAGUACGGCACUUCAAAAUUUCAGCCCAGAUCUAAAAUUACCAAACUUUUUCUUCAUCAACCCUUUUCGAAAUACCUAAUCUUUAUAGCCUUAACUACUAUGAUGAAACCCAGUUUGUCUCUCUUACUCUUUUUGUGUUGUGGGGGAUGUGAACUGUGAAUGAUGAGCAGUGUGCUUCAACUGUGAAUGAUGAGAUCUCACAUUGGUUAGAUAGUGAAACGAAGUAUUCCUUAGCAGACAUGUUUUAAAACUUUGAAGAGAAGCUCGAAAGGAAAAAUCCAAAAAAGACAAUAUCUACCGACAGUAGGUAUGAACGGUUGGUUACAUAGCUAGAGCAGCCUGCAAAAUUCCCUGCUGGGGUUUCUGAAUUGGGUGUCUGACUUCUGAUUUCAAGUCGUUUUGGUGGGACUAUCCCUUCCUUUCUGGUUUUGGUGGGACUAUCUCUAAUGGGAUACGCUAAUACACAGCUACAGCAUCUUGAGCAAAAAAGGAAAUGGCCAUCUACUGAUAUUGCCCAGAGCCUCAGUAUUCAAAAUCUUAACAAAGGCGAUUAGCUUUUUGAAUCAAGUUUGAUUAAUGGGUAUGGACAGUGGAGCCCGAGUUGUAUGCUAUAAAUUCUGCAAAGAGAAGCCUGUCUGGCUUUUAAAGCAGUCCAUUCAAAAAUUUAACCAUUUUUGUACUCCCAAGCACAAAAGAUGGUAAAAAACGAAGGACCCGUGAUCUUAACUCCUUUUCUGCGUUGAUAAAUCAACCCUCCCUCGGAAACUUAUGUGCUUAAUGAAACCUUUUUUCCUCUGAUGAACAUUAAUUCAGCGUUGAAUAAGGAUUGAUGAUAUGCAACGCAGUGGUUGUGGACCGGCUUGGCUUGGCCCACCAGGACAUUGUAUAGGAGUGUCACAUGUCGAUUGAUUAUGCUGCAUGGCCCAUGAUUUAUGUCUGCUGAUUAUAAGCACCAGAGGCUCCCAAAUCAGAAGCAUAAACCUCGCCCCAACAAAACAUGCGAAGAAAUGAGGCACUAUACGAUGGCGAGACGGCAUUGUUACCCAAUAUCAAUUCUACACUCAUCAAGUUCAGGUCACCAAGACGCUUCAUUUCUUCUUGAUUCCCCGUUUUGCUUGGAGGAAGAGAUUGGGGAUGGCCUUAUCCAACCAAAGGACCAAACUUUCUUAAUAAAUGUUUGUGUCAAUUCCCCAAAUUCUGUCUUCCUGUCGGAGAGGGAAGACGAGGAAUUGGUGUCUCUGUUCUCUAAGGAGAACAAAAAUGAGUUUCUUCAUAACACUCUCUCACACAAUCCCCCUUUAGCAGCCGCUCGCUCCAAGGCUGUGGCCUGGAUUCUGAAGGUCAAUGCCCAGUACUCUUUCACUGCACUCACCGCCGUUUUGGCCGUUGAUUAUGUCGAUAGGUUUCUCUCCAGCCCCCAUUUUCAGAUUGACAAGCCAUGGAUGGCCCAUCUCACCGCCAUUGCUUGUUUAUCUCUCGCUGCUAAAGUGGAGGAAACCCGCGUGCCCCUUCUUUUAGACCUCCAGGUGGAGGAAAAUGAGUACUACUUUAAAGCUAAAACCAUUAAAAAAAUGGAGAUUCUUGUUCUCUCUACGCUUGUUUGGAGAAUGAAUCCAGUGAACCCACUUUCCUUUCUGGAUUAUAUCGUAAGACGGCUCGGGUUCAGGGACAAGCUCUGUUCUGAAUUCCUCUGUAGAUGUGAACGAUUACUUCUCUCUGUCAUCUUAGAUUCUAGAUUUGUAUGUUUUCUUCCAUCAGUCAUAGCAAGCGCCAUUAUUUUUCAAGUUAUCAACAACAUAGAACCAAAUGCCGCCGCCAAAUGCCACGAUCAGCUUCUGGGUAUUCUUCAAAUCGACAAGGAUAAGGUAGAAGACUGUUCAAGAUUCAUCUCAGAAGCAUCAUCGAAAGAACGACACAGAAAGGACUGUAAGAAUAAACGAAGAUUCAGUUUAAUGGACGGUCGGAAUCGGAAUGUCGACUGUGCUGUGUCGUCGCCGGAGACAGCAACCAAGGAGAGAAAAAUUUGAUGAACAGCGUCCGUAGAGGCUCAAAUUUACGACAACUGCAGAAUUUUCUUUACAUUGUUUCAUCCUUCGCUUCAUUUAAUUAAGGCUUCUUAUAGCUACUUGUACUUUUUUUGUUUCUCUAGUACAACAAAAGCGUACGCUUAAUAAUUAAUAUAUAAUUUCUUGUAGUAUCCA